AUGUCAGCUCAUCCAAACGUUCCCGGCGAGCCAACUACAACCGGCACGGCUCUCCUUGAGACGGCCACAGCUGCCAUUCAAGGCUUUGGUCCUCUUAAGAGAAUCCACCAACACCUCUGCGCAUUUCACUUUUAUGCGCAUGACAUGACUCGGCAAGUGGAGGCGCAUCAUUUUUGUGGCCACCAGAACGAGGAAAUGCGCCAAUGCCUGAUAUACAAUAGCCCUGAAUCAGAUGCUCGGCUUAUUGGAGUGGAGUACAUCAUCUCCGAAACUCUGUUCCUGACUCUGCCAGACGUGGAGAAGCCCCUUUGGCACUCUCAUGAAUACGAGGUGAAAAGUGGGGUUCUGUUCAUGCCUGGAGUCCCUGGUCCUAUACAGAGGCAGGAUCUUGAGAAAGUGUGCAAGACUUACGGCAAGACCUUUCACUUCUGGCAGACUGACAGGGGUGAUGAUCUGCCUCUUGGCCUCCCCCAAAUGAUGAUGUCCUUGACUAGAGAUGGCCAGCUCUAUGAUGAACUUGCACAUGAUGUUGAGAAGCGCUAUGGGAUUUCCUUUGCAACGGAGAGCGAGAACAGAGCUUACAUGAAAGGGCCUGAUCAAGGGAUACAUCCACUGGCAAAUGGUGGUGGCCAGGGGCUCAAUACUUCGCUGAGGGAGGUCGAAUGCAUGCCCAUCCAGUGUAGAAGAUGGCACCGCUUGAAUAAAGCGAUUUUUUUGCAAGCACAUUAUCACAACGAAGCACUUUCUCCCUAUGUUUCUCAAUUUUUCACUUCAUAG